UUACUGGCAUAGUUGACUAAAUGAAAGGAGUUGCAGUCAGUGGUUGUCGAGACUGGAUCAGCUCGAGUCGUACAACCUGAAGACUCCAAAUUAAUUUAAAUUGUGGAUUUUAACUGUUUGAGUGGAUUUUAUUCCCGGUUUUAAUGAUUGUGGAUAUUUUUACCUGUGUGAUUCUAUAUUUAGUUGAUUAGUUCAGGUGUGUUGUAAAGUAAAGGUGUUCAGCUCAAUCAAGGUGUGUAGGUGACAUUCAACUUACCUGAACAAGUGAAGUAAUCUAUAGCUACCUGUAUCUAACAGUAUAUUUGACAAGAAUAAGGAUUACUUUGUGUGAUUUCAAUUUAUUUAUUUUCAGUGUAUAAAAUCUAAGGCUAUAUGUCUGAGAGUAAAACGAAGAAGAAAAGGUAAGAAAGUUGCUGAUAUUGACAGAAUUCAUGAUGCGUAUAUCAUCGCGUCUGAUCCAGGAACCAAGAGAAAAUUGGAAAAAUUCUCCACAACGCAACACGUUAUUGACCCAGUGGAUAUGACCAAAGUUGAUGACGCAAAACAUUCACUGAAUCAUCACGAUAAAACAGCUACGAUAAACUCUGAAUUAGUGUUAGUGGAUAAUCCUGUCUACAUGGCUUCGUUAGAAAAACCGCGUAAAUAUGUCAACGGUCAUACGCGUAAUGGUGAUGUAAACGGCUCGUCAGAAUAUAUCGAAAUGAAUGGAUAUUCAGAAACAGAUAACAUGCCCUUAAAAGGCAAAUCAAAAAAUAAAAAGGAAAAAAAUCAGAAAGCUGUCAGCAACCCGGAUACGUUGUUGAUCGAGAAUAUCGUGAAGCAAGGUUUGACCAAUGGUCAAGGACGAAUGGACAGCAAUAAUUCGUUAAAUUUGGCCAAAGACAAUAUGUACGAUAGUGACAACAUAAUGCAUAGUGCCGAAAACUCGUUUGAAAUGAAUAAUUCGGGUCCCCAUCGAGAAAUGGCUAUAGACUGUCCGGAUAGUUUUGUGGGGACCGCGAAGGUUCCACCCGUUUAUCCUCCUCCCCAAACUUAUAACAGUCUUCCCCACACAAAACAUAAUAAAAAUCAUAAUGCGAUGAAAAAUACGGACUCCUUACAAAAUAUUCACAAAUCGUCAACGCAACCAAGUAACGACCAGUUGGAUAGAAUACGCAGACAUCAGGAAGAACUACGCAAACGGAAGGAAGAGGAGACGAAACAUUUAAAAGAGGAAGAAUUUUUACGGACAUCACUACGGGGAUCUAAAAAGCUGCAAGUGUUAGAGAAACGACAGCAGCCACCUAUUGGUAUAGAUAAUUCAGCAUUCAUGGUUGCCGAUGACGACAGUCCAGAUGGUGUAUCCCCCGCUAAAAUUGCUCUGACAGAUAACAGAUAUAUGAAGAAAAACAUCGGUAUUGAAGAAUUAUUUUCGUCGUUGAAUCACAUCAGAAGUCGAAUAAACACGGUGGAAAAUAAAGAUGACAUUACGUUCUUACGCACAUUAUUUCACAAUAGUCAGUUUCAACAGGCUGUCGUAAUACACAAUAAAGUUGUUGAAGUGUCGUCACGGAGUCCACCACUCUAUGCGGUGUCUGGUCACAGUCAAGAUAACGUUAAUGAUGUUUUUACGCUGUGUGGCGACACGAGGGAGCCAUAUGUCGUGGAAUUAUUAACCAUACUUAAUAAACCUAAUAUUAAGGGAUUAUUACAUGCCCAUGAUGAAAUCGCAGGUUUCCAGGCCGACCCAAUCACGGAGGAUGUCUUACGAGAGGAUGCGUUGGAUUAUCCGUUACUUCAAUAUGGCGAGGACAGCGUGAAGAUAAUCCGUCUAGAGAAAUCUAACGAACCUUUGGGAGCUACUGUUAAAAACGAAGGUGAUUCUGUUAUUAUUGGUCGUAUUGUGAAAGGUGGAGCGGCAGAAAAAAGUGGGUUAUUACAUGAAGGUGAUGAAAUAGUUGAAGUAAAUGGUAUUGAUAUGAGAGGUAAAAACGUUGACGAUGUCUCCGAGAUAUUAGCUAAUAUGAGUGGUACUAUAUCAUUCAUGGUUAUACCAGUUACGCAAGAAGUUAUCCCCCCUUCUCCCCCCCAACGAACACCAACUGUACAUCUACGAGCGUUGUUUAAUUAUGAUCCUGAAGAUGAUAUGUAUAUACCAUGUCCUGAGUUGGGUAUAUCGUUUAUGAAAGGUGAUAUUUUACACGUAAUUAACCAGGAAGAUCCACAUUGGUGGCAGGCGUAUCGUGAAGGAGAACAAGAACAACAAUCAUUGGCUGGUUUAAUACCCAGUAAAACAUUUCAAGAACAACGUGAAGCUGCAAUGCACGUGUUAACACCAGAUGGCAAGGAGAAUAAGAAGAAAGGGAAAUCGUGCGCUUGUGGUAAAAAAGAUAAAAAGAAGAGCAAGAAGAAGAAGAAACAAUCCUUAUAUAGCGGUAGUGGUGAAGAUACGGAGGAAUAUUUAACGUAUGAAGAAGUGAUGAGAUAUUACCCACAACCCAACAGAAAACGACCAAUUGUUCUCAUUGGACCAGCAAAUGUUGGUCGUCAAGAAUUACGAGAUCGGUUAAUUAAUUCCGAUAUGGACAGAUUUUCCAUCAUAGUUCCACAUACGAGUCGACCUAAGAAAGCUGAUGAAACAAACGGAAAGGAAUAUCAUUUUAUUUCCCGGGCAAUAUUCGAACAAGAUAUACAGGAGGGUAAAUUCGUGGAGUAUGGAGAAUUUGAGAAGAAUUAUUACGGAACAACACUGGCCGCUAUACGACGUGUCAUUCAUCAGGGCAAAAUAUGCAUACUUAAUCUGGAACCCGAGUCGUUAAAGAUAAUGAGAAGUUCAGAUUUAAAACCCUAUGUGAUUUCCGUCCAUCCAGGAAAUCUCGAAAAACUUCGACAAAUUCACAUCAAGCUGGGUAAAUCUCGAACAACUGAUGAUGAGUUAAAACAGAUAAUUGACGACGCCCGAGAAAUGGAAGAAGUUUACGGCCAUUACUUCGACUAUGUUUUAGUCAACACAGACAUGGAUCUGGCUUAUGAUGAAUUAUUGAUGGAAAUAAAUCGUAUCGAGGUGGAACCACAGUGGGUGCCACAGGAAUGGGUGCAUAAUUUCAUGUGAACAGAUUUAUACGGCGUUGAUAUAUGACGAGUGAUCGGAAAAUUUAUUAUUUAUGAAAAAUUAAAUCGGCGUAAUUUUUUUUAUCAACUUCCAAAAUCUGGAGACGAUGCAAAGGAGAAAUAAACCAGUGUUAAUAUAUGACGAGUGAACGGAGAAUUUAUUAUUUAUGAACAAAUUAAAUCGACUUAAUUUUUUAAUCAACUUCCAAAAUCUGGAGACGACAAUAUUUAGGAGUAAUAAACCAUGGAUCAGGAUUUUAAUCAUUCAGCGAAUUAAAAACUUUGUCGCAGAUGAUUUUCACGUGAUUAAUGAUUUACGAACAUAUCAUCAGUGUAAACAUAUGACAAGAGAUUUAUGAAUGAAUUUAUGUUAAUAACAACAACUUCCAUUAUACGAGUGUUUAACGUUGGAAACCAUAUAUUCAAAUAAAAAAUGUUAAUAAAAUACAGGCGUUUUUCAUGGAGAGUUUAAAGUGGGAAACUAUAUUUUCAGAGUAAUAAAUGUUGUGUGAUAGACAUGGUGAAACUAUGACGAUAUUUAGACAGAGAUUAAAAUCUUGAAGAUAGAAUUGUGAAUUUUGAACACGUAGCAUACACUUGAUAAUCUUCUGGUUUUUCUUGGGACGAUGCACUUCAAAUAAAAGCCUAAGGCUCCACCAAUUCCAGUAUGAUCGACAUGAUACUUGGCAUCCUUGUUCUUUAGACAAUUGCGCAUUGAUUGGCGGAUUUAGUUUUUUAAUCUGGCGUUGAAAUUCAAAUGUCUACGAUAACGUCACCUCAGUUUGUUGUUCAUAUUUGUUAUAUCCUAAAUUAAUGUUGACGUCAUAUAUCCCUUACUUAAAACCCAUUCUUGUAGCAAACCAAAGUGUUGUGGAUCAUUUUUAAUCAGAAAACAUCCAACUUCAACAAAAUAUCAAAAUUUAAAAUAAUCAAGACUUUAAAUAAACAAAACUGUGAGAUGAGAGGUUUCGAAGAUAGAUUUCUUUAGAUGGUGUUUGUGUCACAUUAACCAACUGUGGAAUACGAGCAAGACAGAAAUGGAAUAUAUGUAUAAAUGGUUGUUUUUGAAAUAUUAUAAAAAAAUAAUAUCAAAAUAACAAUUGAUAAAUGUAGGUGAUGUCCGUAUGAUCGAGAAUUUUGCAAUCGAUAAAUUCGGCACAAUAAUUUGGUCUUCCACUUUUUUAUCUUCGUCCUUUGUCAAGUCUUCCAAGUGACGUAAAGAUGUUGAAGUUAUAAAAGACGAAAAACAAUCUUCACAUGUACGAAGCCAUGAACAUGUUUGAACAGAGAUGAAAUUAAAAGGUUAUGACGGAACCUGAAACAAAGGGGGAGAACUCUGUUGAGAAUAAACGCUACUUUGCGAACAUAAUUCAAGUUGAUUUUAAUAAAAACGUCUACUUGAGAUGUGAAACGCUACGGUGAUUGAGAUGAUCAGUUUAUAGGGUGGCCAACAGGGAUAGGAUCGGUGUUUGAAACUACAGCUGUUUAUAGCCGGGAAUAGAAAGCUUUUAUGACAUCUAAAAGCCUUCAACAAAUUGUAAGAGGCCUCAUGAUACAGAAGGCCUGAAAGACUUUUAUGAGUAGCUGUCCGAAGAUCCUCUUCAGACUCCUAAAUGUUUUUAUACAUAGAAUAUGGUGUGUUGGGUAUUUGAUGGCUACAGAUACGUCGAUGUGUCAGGCUCGUCUGUACGACUAGGCGUACAUGUAUACGGUGUGUCAGGCCCACUGGUAUGUGUAGGCUACAUGUCGGGUUCAUCUGUAUGUAAAGUCUACAGUUACUUCGAUGUACCUGUAUGUAAAGUCUACAGAUACUUUGAUGUAUCAGGCUUGCUUGUAAGGGAAGGCUACAGGUCACCCUCAUCUCUAUGUGAUGGUUACAAAUGUACAAUGUAUCAGGCUAGUUGGUAAGGGAAUGCUACAGGUACUAUAUUAUAUGAAGUGUCGAAAGCGUCUGUAUAGUAUGUGUAUGUACGACGUACGUGUAUGUGAAGGGUAAAGGUACAGGUACUAAGGGGUGUCAAGGUCAUCUGCAUAUAAGGGUACAGGUACUACUAGGUGUCAAGGUCAUCUGUAUAUAAAGCAUACAGGUACUACGAGGUGUUAAGGUCAUCUGUAUAUAAAGCAUACAGGUACUAGCUGUCGAGGUCACCUGUAUAUAAAGGUAUAGGUGCUACAAGCUGUCAUGGUCGUCUGUAUAUAAAAGGUACAGGUACUACCAGGUGUCGAGGUCACCUGUAUAUAAAGCAUACAAUUACUACCAGGUGUCGAGGUCGUCUGUAUAUAAAGUAUGAAUGAGGCAUAAAAAAUGGGUAGAUAUAACGAUAAGAAUGAAUUGUGAUUUUAUUUUUUAGCAUAUUAAAUUUUUUACAGUUUCAGAGAUUUAUAUGUAUAGAUAUUAUAAUCAUUAUUGAAUUUAUAACAAAUAUACCAUGUACAUUCAUAUCACGUAGCGAUCAUUUAUAGCAAAAAUAUCUUAUCGUGUACAUUCUUAUCAUUUAGCCGCCAUUAAAGAUACAUUAUGUAAGAUUUAGAUAAAGAACUGGACGUUCUUGCUAUAAUAAUUUAAAGAUACAUUAUAUAAGAUUUCGAUAAAGAGCUGGAUGUUCCUGCUAUAAUAGUUCAAAAAUAGAUAAUGAAAAAUUAAUAUAUUGAAGAUUUCAGUCAAAUUACUUUAUUCUGAACGAAGUUAUGAGUGUUUGGACAGGGUGUUCUAAUCCAUUCUAUACCUAAGCCAUCUGAUGGUCCAGAAAGUUGAGUAUGGACUUGUCAUGCAAUUUCAUGGGAAUAAACGUUUAAAUGAUAAUUUAUACAACAUUUGAAACCAGAAAAAGAACUUCAGUAGCAAGAUUUAGCUCUUACAUAAUUCAUUUUUUAUAGCAAAAAUAUUGUGUAGCAAUCAUUAAUAGCAAAAAAAAAUAUUGUGUAGCAAUCAUUGAUAGCAAAAAAAAUAUUGUGUAGCAAUCAUUAAUAGCAAAAAAAAAUAUUGUGUAGCAAUCAUUGAUAGCAAAAAAAAUAUUGUGUAGCAAUCAUUAAUAGCAAAAAAAAAUAUUGUGUAGCAAUCAUUGAUAGCAAAAAAAAUAUUGUGUAGCAAUCAUUAAUAGCAAAAAAAAAUAUCAUGUAUAUAUAAAUAUAUAUAUCACCUUGUAAUCAUUUGUAUUCAUGUUUGAUAACAGAAAAUAACAUUUGACAAAACUUGGCUAUACCAUUCAUAUUGUUGUCCGGUUCGUAAGGUCAUAGAAAUAUAUAUAUGUAUCAGAAAUCAUUUUUGUAAUUUAUUUGUACUUACCUGGUAUUGUUUUUUGGCUACUGGUAACCAUAGUUAUCAGAUUCUUCUGUCUAUUUCUGUUCUAGAUAAUAAUACCAUCAGUCCUGGUAGGUAAUUAAAAAGGUUAACACUGACUAUAUCAACAAAGGGUCUUAGAACUUCACAUUCCCUAGAUGUACGUGACAAGGAUUAGGGUCGCCUGUCCAACCUCAUGGGUUUUCUCCCACUCUGCAUUCUUGUUGAAGUCGGGGAUUAGCAUCUGUUACGGUGCAUGGUAAACCACUAGAAACAUUAACGCUGAUUGAUUAAUCAAUGUCUUGAUGUCAUAGGGUCAAAAGCCACUUGUAUGAGGUCUAAUGCGACCUUCCACUAAUAUUGGUCAGAUCUUCAUGUAUUAGAGGCCAUCGAAAGUAUAAAAAAAAACGAAACAAAAUAUAGAUCUGUAUUCUAAUCAGAUUGAAAAACGUCAAAAAUGAACUGAUUGACAAAUAUUUUGUAUUGAAAGUUUUAGUUAAACAUUUGAUCACCUGUUGACCUGUAAUAGAAUCCAUUAUACCUGUUGAUUUGAUCACCUGUAACAGAAUCCAUAUACCUGUUGAUUUGAAAGCAAUGAAAACAUAUAUUUAUAAAAUGCUCAAGUAAUUGAUAUUAAUUUUGUUGUGUUUAUUGGCAAUAAAUGACCUAUGUUGUGACAAGGGUAUUGAGUAUAUUUCAUUACUUUGUAUCAUUUAAUUGUGAUUUUUUUUUUUAUAUAUAUUUCUAUAUUUUAUGUUUUGUCAUAAUUAUUUCGUAGAUAUUGUAUAAUCCAAAUAGUGCUUAGAUCAUUCAUUACUUACUUGUAUAGUUACAUUCCUUAUUAUAUCGGUGGGGUGGGGGGGGAUUUUGAAUAUUAUUCACCAUAUGUUCGAUUGGGCAUAUUCCUAGUUGGACAAUUUAGGACGUUUUAAAAUAGCGUCGGACAUGUCCGGAAUAUACGGGCGAAAUCCCAUCACUGGUUGUGUGGUAUUAAUCCAUGGGGUGGGGGAGGGGGUGAUUAUUAUUCACCAUAUGUCCGAUUGGGCAUAUUCCUAGUCGGACAAUUUAGGACGUUUUAAAAUAGUGUCGGACAUGUCCGGGAUAUACAGGCGAAAUCCCAUCACUGGUUGUGUGGUUGAAUGGACUAACGUUUGCACUUUGGAUCAUAAUCUCUGUCAUUGAGUCAUGUGGAAUGGUUUUGAUUCCCUGUAUGUACGUGACAAGUAGUGAGGUCACCUGUCCAACCCCGUGGGUUUUCUCUGGUUUCAUUCAACACUGAAAAAAAAACCUACGUUCAAGAAAAUUAUUGAAAUAAAAUCAAAUGAUAUGUUAGUCUCGAAAUGACCUAGUUUAUGUCAAGUGGAGGUUAAACCCCAUUUCUUUCUCUAACUGUAUCUGGUUCAUUAGGCCACCCUCUUUCUAUACUCUCCAACAAGAAAGAAGGGUGUAAGAUGUAUGAUGUUAAAAUUUGGGGGAUGGGGUGCUUACUCAUUUAAUUUCAGCGCCAGAGACUUGUAUAUUCAAGUCCUUUCUGACAGGGGAGCAAUCAUUGUUUGGUUACCAGGAUACCGCUUUAAACAGUUUAAAAGAUAGACGUCAAUAAAACAGUUUAAAAGAUAGACAUCUAUUAAACAGUUUAAAAGAUAGACAUCUAUUAAACAGUUUAAAAGAUAGACAUCAAUUAAACAGUUUAAAAGAUAGACAUCAAUUAAACAGUUUAAAAGAUAGACAUCAAUUAAACAGUUUAAAAGAUAGACGUCAAUAAAACAGUUUAAAAGAUAGACGUCAAUUAAACAGUUUAAAAGAUAGACGUCAAUUAAACAGUUUAAAAGAUAGACGUCAAUUAAACAGUUUAAAAGAUAGACGUCAAUUUAACAGUUUGAAAAGAUAGACGUCACUUGAACAGUUUAAACAGAUAGACGUCAUUUGAAUAGUUUAAAAGACUUAGCUUAUAUAAACAGUUUAAAAGAUAGAUGUCAUCUAAACAUUUUUCGAUCACAGGUCCAAUAUGGCAGUGGUAACAUAAUGCUCGUUUCCUGCUCCAUUAAGUUGUUUUCUCUAUCAGAUGUGGUUUAAACAGUUUAGAAGGUGUAGAAUGUGAUACACAUUUAAAGGUUGUAAAAUAAUGUAAAUAGUCCAUGUAUUAAAUAGUUUUAAUAAACGUUUUCUAUAUUUGAACACCUGUCUGUACUUGUAUAUACCAUGGUUUUUUUAAUAUGUGUUAUAUAUAUAUCUAUUUUAUAUACGAUAUUAUUAUUAUUAUUAUUAUUAUAAACUCAGAUCUAUAAAAAAUAAAA